CUGUUUUACUUUCCCCAAGUGACACUCGGCACAUUGCAUCAAUAUAUGAUUAGCAAGAUCCGAGUGACGGAUCCGCAAUGCUCGCGCGUAGAGAUCCCCCGAGUCCCUCCUCGCAUUUCGGCUGUCUGUGCGCGUUGACGAGCUUCGUGGACAAAGAUGGAAAGAGAAAGGAGAGGGAGAGAGAGCGCCAAAAGUCGAUCGAUGCAUUGAGGCGCCUAGGCAGGCAAGGCACAGCUCUCUCCGCGAGCUCAACCCCCGUUUCUCUCUCUGUUCACCCCUGCCGCGACGGCACACGUCGCCUGCAGCGGCGGCGCGCGGGCGGCUGCCUUCCCUCCGGGGAAGAUACGCGGUGAUGUGCAGUUGCGCAUCGACCUCCGGGACGUGCACAACGGGUAGCGGCGCUCCUCGUGAGUGCAGCGGCGACGGUGACGGAGGCGGUGGCGCUUAGGCGGGGUUCCCAUCCUCGCUCUCUUUCUCUUUGUCCCUUGCAGGAGACUAAGUCGUCUUUAUCGUCGUCGUCGUCAUCGUCAUCGUCGUCGUCGUCGUCCUUACGAUCGAGUUUGUGAAAAAUGUCGGUGCCGGCGACUACUAUCGUUCGCGAUCCGCGAUUUUAGCGAUUUUCUUUUCUUCCUCGCAUAAUUCUCGUCGUUGAGCCGACAUGCCGUUGUUUGAAGUCAACGUUCGGAUCGCACCGUCGGAAUUGUCAUUGUGAUAUGCUCGUUUCGCUGGCGACUUAUUAUGGAGAUAGCUGAUACCGGAGGAGGAUCCGAUAACAACGAUAGACAACAGUGUCGAUCGCUGCAUCGCAUCGUCUCACUGCUGUUGCUGCUACUGCUGAUCGCUGACGCGUCGAACGGCGUUGGCGUCGGGGGUGGCACAGGGGGAAGCGUCGGGAGCAGCGGAGGAGGAGGAGGAGGCGGCAGCGGCACCUGCGGGUUGGCCGAGUUGACGUGCCGGGACGGCCGAUGCGUGCCGAUCGACGCUUACUGCAACGGCGAGGAUGACUGCGGCGACGGCAGCGAUGAGCCGGCGAUGUGCACCCCGUGCAAUCGCACGUACCACGGUCGCGAGGGACGCACGUACAAGUUGGAUCUGCCCAGACCAGCCGAGGAACGUCUGCCGUUUCUAUGUCACCUGACAUUCACCGCGGCCGGACAGGGUUACGGCGAGCUAGUCCAGCUACUGUGGGACGCGUUCAGCGUCGGUCGCGUCGACGCGAACGCCGACAACUACUUCACCAGCUGCCCCGAAGGCUCACUCCAGCUGGCCGAGCUCGGUAGACACUUCACUGGUGGCUCGUGGUGCGGCGUCGGUGAGGGUCGUGCAUCCUACUACAGCGAAACCAGUACAGUCACUGCCUCUAUACGGCUGUUUCAUGCACCAUCGACGGUGCCGUUCGAGUUUCGUCUCCGUUUCCGCUUUGUUUCGCGCAACGAGGCGGUCGCCCGAUUGGGCAAGCCAGAACUACCGGUCGAGCGAGGUUCCCCGGUGCCGGGCACCUAUUGUUCCCGCAACUUUUACGAAUGUCACCUGAAGCAGUGUCGCCUGCAAAGUCCGAACUAUCCCGGCGAGUAUCCGCGCAACGCCAGCUGCCUGAUCACCGUGCGCCAGAAGGAGGUGCCCACAUGCAAGCACGCAAUGAUAUCCGUCAAGAGCACGUCGACCGGGCCGGUCGGCCCCAAUGCCGCAGUCAACACUAGUCUCAGUGUCUGGCAGGACUGUCCACCGGAGAGGGAUCGCUUGAUCUUUCGCGAUGGCGCUCGCACCGAAGAUCCGGUACUCUUAGUGUAUUGCGGCGGCCCGUUGCCGCAGAUAACCGCGCGCGGACCCGCCAUGCAGGUGGAGUUUCGCAGCUCGCCGGUAGCAAUACCGUUGGGUGCGUCGUCGCUGCGACUCGAGCUCGAGCUACGGGUCGUUUACGUCGACUCGGACGGUCUGGACUAUGCCAAGGGCGCACAGGGCUGUCAUUUCUUCGUCAACGGCACCGGCGUUGGCGCCAAACGGAGCGGCACGAUACGGGCGCCGUUGCACGCGCUACCACCUGGUUCCAAUUGCACGUGGAACAUCAAGGGGGCGAUCGGUGAUCGCGUGUGGAUAUACUUCUCGUCAUACUCGCAGCGUGACCUGACUGGCAACGGCGAAAACAACGCCAGCGCCGGCCAAGACAGCACGCCGUUGUCGCUACCGUGCGCCGUUAAGCUCUUCUUCUGGGACGGGGCGCCAAACACGGGUCAGCCGAUGGCCACGCUGUGCGACGACACGCCCAAGUUAUGCGCCCACGCGGCGCUCCGGAACAUCACCAGGAGCACGAGACCCUGUACCAAGGACGAGAGCUACUUGACAGCCGCACCGAGCCUGACGUUACGUAUGGAGACUGUUCUGGGUACCGCCCUUCAUCCGAUCAACUUCCAUGCGCGAUACGAAUUUGUCUCCACCCUUCAAUCCGGCGAACCCUGGGGCGAUGGUGUCUGCAGCCGAGUGUGGCGCAAAACGCGCACUGGCGAGGUGAUGUCACCGCGCGACGUACGCCUGUUUGGCCGCGGUGGUUCCAGCAAGUUAGAUUGCAGGUAUCGCGUGGAGGCCGGCAGCGGCGAGCGGGUCCGUCUGAUACUGCACAAUGUCAGUCUGGGCGAAUCCACCAUGUGCACCAUGAACGAUUUGGAUCCGCAUACCGGCAGACCGCGCUGCGUUCAGGAAGUCGGGUCCAGGGAGGCACGUUUGGUCAUCUACGAAGCGCCGUGGCGGGACGUGAAGGUGCCCCGGGCGUGUCUGUGCGACAAUACGUCGCACUUGCCAUUCACGUACGUCUCCUCCGGCCGGGCGAUAGAAAUAACCUUCGUGGUGGAUCAGCAGGCACCUCACGAAGACUUUGAGACGCUUUUCUUCUAUGCCAGCUUCGAGUUAAUCCGCAUGCCGGAGUGCCCGCGCAAGCAGAGGAUCCGCGGCGAGGGUGGCGAAAUGAGAUUCGUGACGCCUCCGCUGUCGAGACCAGACAUCUACUGCGAAGGUUUCCCGUGGCUGGUAGAGGCGCGCGAGAACCGGUCGCUCUUCGUCCUGACCUGGGGCUGGUUCCUACCGUUGGAACCGCCGACCGUCAGUCCCGAAUCAUCUUCUGGCGGUACCGGCGUCGGCGAUCAGGUCAAAUGUCCGACCACUAAUCGCAUCCUUCUUUAUUCCGGCUGGCCGCAAAAGCUAUUAAAGGUGGUGUGCCCGGCGGAACCGGGCGCCCGCGAAUUCACCGUACACGUGUUCUCGGAGGAGUGGUUGGGCGCGACGGAGGAGGGCAAAUGGCCGGGUCCACCGAGACCACCGGCGUUACUGCUGGAUUUCGUAGCGCGGGAAUCCGGACAGGCGGCCGCGUCCUGGUUAGAGAUCUCCAAGAGCCGAGCGGCGCUGCGCCGACAGCUACGUCUUCCGGAGAGGGGCGUAACGACGGAGAACGAGACAAACGGCAUGCCAUCCCACAUCGGUGACUGCCCGCACAAGUGUCCCGAGCUGGGCGCGUGCAUCGCGGCCAGUCUCUGGUGCGACGGACACGAACACUGCCCAUCUGGUCACGACGAAGCCAACUGCGGCAACGGUGCCCGAUUGCUCGGGCUGCUGCCGUCCACUGUGUGGCUCGUCAUGGCCGGCGUCGCUGGAAUUGUCACUGCCUUUGCGUGCCUAUUCACUAUUCUUAUUAGCAGGUACAAACUCGAGAAUCCUGAAAAAUUGAACAAAAAUUGUAUC